GUCACGUGACCGCUGCCGGCGCAGUCACGUGCCGGGCGCGCCCGCCUGUGGUGGCCAUGGCGGCCGCGGGCUCCGGUGUGGCCAGGCGGGUGGAGGAGUUGGGGGACCUCGCUCAGGCCCACAUCCAGCAGCUCAGCGAGGCCGCCGGCGAGGACGAUCACUUUUUAAUUCGGGCCUCUGCAGCUCUAGAAAAAUUGAAACUCUUGUGUGGAGAAGAAAAAAAAUGUUCAAAUCCAUCAAAUCUAUUAGAACUAUACACACAGGCUAUUUUGGACAUGACAUAUUUUGAGGAGAACAAGCUAGUAGAUGAAGAUUUCCCGGAAGACUCUUCACAGAAAGUAAAAGAGUUGAUCACUUUUCUUUCAGAACCAGAAAUUUUAGUUAAAGAAAAUAAUACGUACCCCAACCACUGCGAUUUACUUGGGGACGAACUCUUGGAAUGUCUCUCUUGGCGACGAGGAGCCCUGCUUUAUAUGUAUUGUCAUUCUCUGACCAAAAGGAGAGAGUGGCUCACGAGAAAAUCUGCUUUGCUUAAAGAGUACCUUGUUGAUGGAAUCAGUUACUUGCUACAGAUGCUAAAUUAUCGGUGUCCUACCCAAUUAGAUGAAGGAGUUUCUUUCCAAGACCUAGACACAGCUAAGUUACUGAGUGAAGGAAUAUUCAGUGACAUUCACUUGCUGGCUAUGAUGUACAGUGGAGAAAUGUGUUACUGGGGAUUGAAGCAUUGUGCAGAUCAGCCAGAAAACCAGGGUGUGGACACUGGUGUUACUGGAGCAAGCUACACUACACACAGAGAGCCCUUGGAUUUCCGAGAAGUAGGAGAAAAAAUUUUGAAUAAGUAUGUAUUUGUGUGCGAAGGACCCCUGAAAGAGCAAGAAUGGAACACAGCAAAUGCAAAGCAAAUUUUAAACUUCUUCCAGCAUCGCGCUAAUUCAUAAGUUUAGUCCUUUUCAAACAGAAAAGCAGAAAGACCCAUGAAAUGGAAACGUUCCAAAAAAGAAGACAUUGACACUAAGAAUGUCACACUACAUAAAGAUGCCCAGCGUGGUUCCCUUUUUAAAAUGCCAUCACCAUAGUCCAUUAUAUAUUCUUAACUCUGUGAAGGAACAGUUCUCUCAUUUCUAAAAUGGCAUGUAUGUUAACCUAACUCAGCCUGAACUACAGAUAUCCUGUAACUAAUAUUAAGGAAGAAUCUAAUUUCGCUGUACAAAGAUUUUUUUCUGUUACUUCAGAUUAUUAUUAUUUAUUAUUAUUACUUUAUAUAUAGAGAGAAAUGUCAAUAAUGAGAGAAAAGCUAUUGGUUGCCCCCAACCGGAGAGCAAGCCUGAACCUGGCUGGGUAUAUGCCCUGGCUGGGAAUUGAACUCUCCACCUUUUGGUGUACAGGAUGACAUGCCAACCGAGCUUCAGAUUCCUUUUUUUAUUGAGGUAAAUUGUAACAUAAAAUUGACCAUUUUAACUAUAUUUAGGUCUUUAUCUUAAAAUUUGCUGUGCUUCAAAAGUUGAAGUCAAGUCAACUUUUUAAAAAAUAUAUAUUUUAUUGAUUUUUUUACAGAGAGGAACGGAGAGAGAUAGAGAGUUAGAAACAUGGAUAAGAGAGAAUCAUCGAUCAGCUGCCUCUUGCACACCCCCCACUGGGAUGUGCCCGCAACCAAGGUACAUGCCCUUGACCAGAAUCGAACCCAGGACCCUUCAGUCCUCAGGCUGACGCUCUAUCAACUGAGCCAAACCGGUUUUGGCUCAUCUCAUUAUUUUGGAUGUAUGUAUGCUAUGCAUAUAGAAAUUGGCAAAAUUACGAUGAAUAUUCAGAUUCCAUUGCCAGAAUAAGAUAAAUAAUGAAAGACUUCACAAAAGAACUGUUGUUUAAUUAUUUUACCGUGUACUACAAAUAGCACUUAACUGUUUUAUCCCUCCCAUUAGACAUUUUGUAAAAGGUUAAGAUGAUUUUCUUUUCUUGUUUAAAGAUUAUGCAAGAUUUACCAGACGAGUGAUAAGGAUGAAAACCAAGUUAGGUUACUGUUAGCUCACAUGCCUUUAGGACACAUCUUUUCCUAUGGAUUGGCAUUUCUGUCCGUUUUUUGUCUUUAAUAGUGAUAAAGGGUGAGUGAUAAAGGCAGAGAGCCUAUCUGCCGUCUUGCUAAGUCUGUCUACCUCUACACCAGGACUUCAUCACAUUCCCCAGCUUACUCCAUGGCCACACCUGAAUGUCACCAUCCCGAGUUUCUCUUUCUGAAAUCUUAAAUGUUAGUAAUUGAUGAUAAUUCUCAUCUGCCUAGCUUUUCCACCUCUUAGUUUAUUGACUUUUUUCUCCUUUACUUACUUCACAGCCUCCCCCUCUUGACUGCCUUUUCUCCUAAACUAUCAGCCCCUUUCAGAUGUUCUCCCUUCCUUAUCCAGCCUGCCUUGGGGGAACCGAAUGAUGUGCUCACUACAGUCCCUUCACAUCCGUGUUCCCCUUGGCCUUUAGCCUCAUCUUUCUGUAAGCCCUCAACAUUGAAUCCUGUCGUUCACCUUUUCUGGGUGCUGAGUUCCAUGCAAAGUACAUGCAGCCCUUCAAACUGGAACUACUUUAAGUGUCUCAGCCUCGGCUUCAGAGGAGCCCUCAGUGUGAGCCUUGUGUCUGUGACCAGUGUGGCCCUCUCCCUGUCCCACUGAGGCUGGUCCAAACCACCACGUUUCCUCUGUCCCCUCCCCUAACACAUGGCUAGGUCCUGUCUUACAGAAAAAAGACUAUUAACCAGCGUUGCCCGACUCAUUUCCACCCCUCCUUUUAGAGGAAAAGAGGAGACCAAUCUCCACCUGCCUGCCAUCUUCCCUGUUUCCCCUGCCGCUCCUCUCUGGGCCUAUUCUUGCAGUGUUGGUCUUCACUAGAGCUCAGCAUCUUUCUCUUCCCCCUUCUCUCCCCUUUCCUUUCUGUCUUCCUCCUCCUCUUACUGAUUCUCCACACUCUUCUUACGUGAUGCCCUUCAGAGCCUGGCUUUUGUUGCUCCUGGAAUCUCGCCGUCCCAUGUGAUCACAGGAAUCCACUGCUUAACUGUUGCUUUCCUUCUGAUGGAUGAACUUUGUGUUUUAAGCAUUUAUCUUUAUACCUAAUACUUAACACAUCUUAGGCCAUUGGUAAAGUGCUUUGAAUUAAUAAGAGGCGUGUGUCUAAGGGCCGAGCUCUGCACAAAAGGGUGGCUGCUAGGAUUCCACACUGCCAUGCCUGCCACCUACACCAGUGGUGACAAGGCAAAUCGCUCCUCAGAGGAGUCAAGUGUUACAGAGUUAGAGCCCGAGAAAACCAGAGAACUUUCUCCUUAAAAGCUGGGAGCUUCCAUUUUGCCUUCAUAACCUUGUGGACCACGUUAUGCUUUUGCAGUUAUGAGGUGCUCUAGGGUGCUUUUUACUGAGUCUACCCCACACGCAAUUGGAGGAUAAUUUUCCAUUCCCCACACAACUGGAGUUAAUAACAGUUAAUAACACUUUUUACUCUAGUGUAUUACAAAAAAUCGCAUUUUUGUAUGUUAAAGCCUGCUGAGUAAAUUCUGUUUCAUUUAGAAUGAAGUCACUUCAAGAUACCAAAUAUUCCACAUUAGGAAAGUAUGUAAUUUACUCAUCAACAGUUUUUAUGUGCCUUCCACAUGCCAUGUUUUGUCUGGCACUGAGGAGAUAGAGCUUCGUAAAACACUCUCUUUCAAAGUUUGUAUUCCUGUGAAGGAAGUUGACACUUCUUAAGAAAUACAUGGGUAGCAUGUUA